AUGGACGGUGACCCAGCAGUCGACCCCCGGCUUGACUCGUUCAGCCUGACCUUUCCUCUGCCCUUCCGCGUGGCCUUUCUCGUCAUCCUAGGUGUCUGGGGAUGGGGCGUUAACUUACACUUCCUACAUAUUCGCCGCAUUGAUGUUCCUGCUUUGAUCCGAUACCCAGCCCGAUCGAGUCCAGCCCAACUAAGCCACCACCACUCGACCUACCGCCUGGCCUCUCUCCUAAGCACCUGCACGGCCGUUUUCCUGGUCUUCUUCUGGCUAUGCACUCGCCGCGACCCCCAAUCCGUGAUCGACUACGACUGGAUUCCCAUGAUAAACCUCGCCGUUCUCUUCGGCCUGCUGCUUCUCCCCUUACGACGCAUAGCUGUUGCACAUUCUGGCCGGUCCCGGUUGCUCUGGAUGCUGCGUCGCAUAUCCGUUGGUGGGCUGGCUGAGGUUAAGGAUGGCAAGUUCGCCGACAUCCUACUGGCUGAUGCCCUGACCAGCUACGCCAAAGUCCUCGCCGACCUGUUCGUCUGCCUGUGCAUGUUCUUCUUCGAUGGCCCGAACGGCUCGGCUACUGCUCGUCCGGACCGCGCCUGCGGUGGCGACAUUUUGGUUCCAUUGAUCAUGGCCGUGCCCAGCGCGAUCCGUCUGCGCCAAUGCCUGAUCGAGUACGUGCGCGUGCGCCGCGCCCAGUUCCGGGACCCGAGUGUUGGCUGGGGCGGGCAGCAUCUCGCCAACGCGACGAAAUACGCCACCGCGUUCCCUGUCAUCAUCCUUGCGACCAUGCUGCGAAACAGCGCAAAAGUUGAUAGCGACGGCGACGGUUCUCCCGGGCUGUAUCGCGCCUGGGUCCUCGCAUGCCUGGUGAACUCGCUGUACAGCUUCUACUGGGACGUGGCCAAGGAUUGGGACCUGACGCUGUUCUCGGACGAGCGGGCUGCGCCUGACCAUCCAUACGGCCUGCGCCGGCGGCUGCUUGUGCACAAGCCUGUUGUGUACUACGUAGUGAUUGCGAUGGAUUUGUUGUUGAGGCUGACGUGGACGGUGAAGCUCAGCGCGACCAUGGAUCGGAUUGCUGAUUUCGAGAGCUCGAUAUUCCUGUUGCAGUUUCUGGAGGUAUUUCGGCGGUGGGUUUGGAUCUUCUUUCGGGUCGAGACCGAGUGGAUUCGGAGCACCUCUGGUGCGGAUGAUGCGUCGCUUAUUUUGUUGGGGGAGUAUCAGGGGAGUAAGUAUGAAGAUGAAGACUGA